GAAUUAUUUAUUCAAUUCAUCACCAUGAUCGAUUCAAAUUCAAAUUCAAACCACAACAAGAGACCCUUCCCACACAUUCCUCUUUCUUCGGUCUCCGUCGUUUUAAACCAUUUCCAUCUCCCUCUCUUUUCAACCUCCCAAAACGGCAUCGUUUCACUCUGCACCACCAUGCAUCUUCACGCCGAUCAACCUUAUUCGAUCGGCCGGAAGCGUCACGACUGUCAUUUCGUCUUCAACGACCGUCGUGUUAGUAAACGUCACUGUCAGAUCUUCUUUGACGGUUCGCUUCGUAAACUCUACAUUCUCAGUGGCAUUUUAUCAAACACUGGGUCUGCAAUUGAUUCCAAAUCUCGAAUUGUUCAUGAGUUCAGGAAAAGAGUGAUGAUGUUUUCUUGCGGUAGUGAGGGUUUUCCGAUUCUAGAAGCUUCUAAUGGUGUUUUUGUUAAUGGUGUUGAAAUUAGAAAGGGAAUGGCGGUGGAGUUAAUGGAAGGAGAUAGGGUUUCGCUUGUUUGUGGAAAUUGGAAUGCUUCGUGUGGGAUUGGGAAUCGGAUUGGGUUUGUUGUAGACAGAAUUAUUGUUGAAAAUUGUAACGGUGUUGGUGGAAUUGAUGGGUCAACGUUUUCAGGGCAUUCACAAAGUGAUAAACGGAGAAAGAGGGUUUUCGCGGUGAAGGCGAAUGAUUCAAAAUUUGAUGGAGUUUUUGUGAGGGCCAAGUAUCUUAUAGAUAGAUGUAGAGAUAUAUUGCUUAGUCAUGAUCCUUUGUCUUGUAUUUUGCAUUCUGAUUCGGAUUUACAAUGUGGAUAUAAGUUUGAAAUUGGUACCGAGUUAGCGCAAAGGGCGAGGGAAGAUACUGGCAUUGAUGUUGUGCAGUCUAGUUCGGGUUUACUUUGUAAAAGUAAAGGGAUUGAUUUGGAGGAAAAUGGUGAAAAUUUUUGUCGAAAAGGGGAUUUGGGGGUUGAUUAUGUCAAUGCUUUUGGUGAUAAGAAUUUGAAUCUGACAGUGUCAGAUUCUAUAGAAAAGGAUAAUGUUUCUUCUGAUAGUGAUAAUGAGCAGGGCACAAAUCAACAUGAUUUUUACCCACCUCCUGGGAAGAAUUUUUAUUUGAACCGCCUUGAGUAUAUGAACCAUGACUCGUCAUCAGGUCUUGAUAAUUCUAUAUCACUCACUGAACUUAUUCAUCCUAUUGAAAGCGUCACAAGGAUGUUUAUUGCAACGUUUACAAGUGACAUAACAUGGUUCUUGACAUAUUGUAAGAUUCCGUAUCAUCUGCCGGUUACAAUUGCAUGUCAGAAUACCGAGAAAUGUUGGAGUUCAAAGCCUGAUGAAAGAGUAUUUGUGCCUUACCAGAAUUAUCCUAACCUAGUUGUAGUGCAUCCUCCAUUUCCUGAAACUAUAGCAUUUGGUAAAGACCACAAGAGACAUGGGAUAGCUUGCCAUCACCCGAAGUUGAUUGUUCUACAAAGAGAAGAUAGUAUUCGAGUUAUCAUUACAUCUGCUAAUUUGGUGGAAAAGCAGUGGAAUAGUGUGACUAACACUAUAUGGUGGCAAGAUUUCCCUCGUGCUAUUUUGGUUGAUUAUGCUUCACUUUUCCGAAAAAUAGAUGAUGAUGAAGUUCAUAGAAACUCAAAAUGUGAUUUUGCUGCUCAGUUGGCUGGGUUUAUGGCAUCACUUGUUAUUGAUGUACCCAGCCAGGCUCACUGGAUUACUCAGCUCACAAAAUAUGACUUUGGAAGUGCAACAGGACAUCUUGUUGCUUCACUACCUGGAAUUCACCUUAAUAGAACUUCUGUUCUGUUGGAAUCCUUUCAGUCCUCUUCUUUUCUUGGCUCAGUUGUAGCAUCUGUGGUUGGUUUGAGCCAUCUUUUCCGUGCUGUGGCAGACUCAAACAGUGCAGGUUUAAGAGCACUGGCUGCUGUCCUGGGAAAGUAUUGUAAGAAUGUUAAUGGGAGGUUUGAGAUUGUUUUAAGAAGAAAUCACAAUGUGCCUGCUGAUGAAAAUGCUGUUAGCGUUCUUGUUCCCAAAUCUGAUCAAACUUCCGAGGGAGAUUUUGUUCAACUUGGUUUUCUGCCUAGAAAUUUAGCCAAAUGGGUUUCUCCUCUUUGGGAUGCUGGAUUCUUUUCAUUUUCUGGAUAUGUUUGUCCAAAAGAGGCCCUUGCAGCUGCCUUGGGAGAAAACAGCCAGAAACUACAGCUGAUACUGAAUGUGUCAGAGGGACAUCAUUUUCGAGAUAUGUCAAAGAUGAUGCAAUCUGAACAAAUUGCUGCUUUUUGCUCUCUCAUUGCUUCAAUUCAAAGACAUUAUGGACUCUGGAGAUUACAAGAGGUUCUGAACCAAUAUAGAUGGCCUGAGUCAUUGGAGUCUGAAAUUGUAUACGGUGCUUCUUCCAUUGGUUCUGUAAAUUCAAAAUUUCUUGCUGCAUUUUCUGCUGCUGCUGGGAAGAAAUCACUGCAACAUUUUGAUUCAGAAGAGUCUGAUCCUGAAUGGGGCUGCUGGAAUGCUAGGGAAGAAUUGAAGAAUCCUUCUGUUAAGAUUAUUUUCCCCACUAUUGAAAGAGUGAAGAGUGCUUAUAAUGGGAUUUUGCCUUCAAGACGUAUUCUUUGUUUCUCAGAGAGAACAUGGCAAAGGUUGAAGACUUUAGAUGUACUUCAUGAUGCCGUCCCUCAUCCCCAUGAAAGAGUAGGGCAUCCAAUGCAUACCAAGGUAGUGCGUAGAUGCUUCUGGUCUAGGGGGGAGGCGCCUUCGAUUGGUUGGGUAUACUGUGGGUCUCAUAAUUUUAGCGCUGCUGCCUGGGGGCGACAAAUUUCAAAUCCAUUUGGUACAAAAGCAGAUGACCCUCACAAAGGAGAUCCAUCUGUGAAUUCUGGGCUUCAUAUUUGCAAUUAUGAACUUGGGAUUAUAUUUACUUUUCCUCCAUCAGAAAAUAAUGAAUGUCCUAAAGUUAAAAGUACAAAAUUAGAUGAUAUUGUUCUGCCAUAUGUUGUUCCUGCUCCUAAAUAUGGAUCUCUAGAUAAGCCAGCUACAAAGCUUGCUAUGAGAGAGGUGAUGACUGAACUCGCUGAGCGAGAGGGGGAGAAACAAGCUGAAGAAGAAAUUAUGGAAGAGAUUCUUGAGGAAGAGGAAGAAAUAGAAGAAAUCAAUUGUGUUGGAGAGGAGAAGGAAGAAGAGAAGGCAUAUGCUGAGAUACUCUGGAGUCAAGUUGAUUCUUCUCAGAACAGUUGAAUUUUUGUAAGCAGCAGUAAUUAUGGAGCAGUCAACACGAACACUUUGGUGUUGGGGGAGUCGAGUCUCGGUAUCUGGUCCCAAGAUGCAAGGGUGGCUUUGAAUCUUUCAGAAACAGUUGCAAAUGUCAAGCAAAAUCUGAGAUAUUAGGAUUGAAGAGCAAAGCUGUUGACCUCCUGUCUCGAGAAACUGAUUAAGACUUUUUUUUUUUAAUCGGCAAAUAUUGUUUAAGGCAUAGCCUGCACAAGAUGUGCAAUUGGCUUGUGAGAAACUGAUUAAGACUCAUCCAAUAACGACUUGUGUGAAGCAAAUUGAUAUUUGGGGCAGGAAGUGGUAUUUUCAACCUCAUGUAAUUCAGUCCAUUUUAGGCAUGACGGAUUAUUGAUACACUUUCUUGCCUCAUGUCCCAAUCCCAAUUGCUCUGAGCACCUGGUUGCUUCAGUUCCACCUCUACCAUGGUUUUUAAGUCAAAUAUGAUAGACAGAAUGGAAGGACCAUCAGUAGCAUUUCUUUUAGUUUUGAUUAAGGAUUCUAUUGGAGGAUUUGAAAGUGAUGGUUACAUUCAACAGCUAGACAAUGAAAACUGUGCAGUAGCCUCAAGAAAAUGAGGUAGGACCUAUGGUAAUUAGAUGAAUUGUGUAUAGCAUUGUAAUUAUUAUUUUUCUGCUACAUCUUGAUGAUCAGCGUUCGAAACUAGCGACAGGACAAGAGGUGGUUGCUGCCAAUGGACCUUAUGUUUGGCUUAAAGAUUCCAAUAGACCAACGGUGUCAUGUCUUAUAUGGUCCAAGUGGGGUUGACAAUACUCUGAACUUGGCAAAAUCUUAGGCAGCAUGGUAUAUUAUAUUGGCUCCCUAAGGCUUUACCUUGUAUAUUGUAUCAUUGAUCAAUAUUGUAUCAUUAAUCAAUAUUCAAUUCAAUAACAUUUGUUGUAAGUCAUAAAAUCCAAAAAGGCUCAUUGGUUUGUGUGGGAAGUACACAUUUUAGUCAGUUAGUAGUAUGGUUAGUGAUUGUAAAUCAGUUGUGUCAGUUUGCAGUUAAUAAGCACUGUGAACUCUACAAAUAGAACAAAAUUGUAAUAUUUUAUUGAUCAUCAACAAUAAACAUUUGACAGUUUCUCUUA